AUGGCGGGAAAAGAGGGGCGUCCACGGCCCGCGGGAGGAGUGGGCUCCGAGGGCCCCGCGGCCCGGGAGCCCGAGCGGCCACCGCGGCCGGAGCUGUCCCCCCGCCAGAGCCGGCCAGACGCGAGCGGCGGGAGGGAGGCGGCGGCGCCCGGCCCCGCCCGGCCGCCCGAGCGUCGGACGCGGCCCCGGCGCCGAGCCAUGGAGCCUGAGCCAGUGGAAGACUGUGUGCAGAGCACCCUUGCUGCCCUGUACCCACCCUUUGAAGCAACGGCCCCCACCCUGUUGGGCCAGGUGUUCCAGGUGGUGGAGAGGACUUACCGGGAGGAUGCGCUGAGGUAUACCCUGGACUUCCUGGUUCCAGCCAAGCACCUACUUGCCAAGGUCCAGCAGGAAGCCUGUGCCCAGUACAGUGGAUUCCUCUUCUUCCACGAGGGCUGGCCACUCUGCCUGCACGAGCAGGUAGUGGUGCAGCUAGCAGCCCUCCCCUGGCAGCUACUGCGCCCAGGAGACUUCUACCUGCAAGUGGUGCCCGCAGCAGCCCAAGCACCCCGCCUGGCACUCAAGUGUCUGGCCCCAGGGGGUGGACGGGUGCAGGAGCUGCCUGUGCCUCAUGAGGCCUGUGGCUACCUGUUCACACCUGAGUGGCUGCAAGGCAUCAACAAGGACCGGCCAGCGGGUCGCCUCAGCACCUGCCUGCUGUCUGCACCCUCUGGGAUUCAGCGGCUGCCCUGGGCCGAGCUCGUAUGCCCGCGGUUUGUGCACAAGGAAGGACUCAUGGUUGGACACAGGCCCAGCACAUUGCCCCCAGAGCUGCCUUCUGGACCCCCAGGGCUCCCCAGCCCCCCACUACCUGAGGAAGCACUGGGCACCCGGAGUCCUGGAGAUGGGCACAAUGCCCCUGCGGAAGGACCGGAGGGCGAGUACGUGGAGCUGCUUGAGGUGACGCUGCCCACGCGGGGGAGUCCAGCAGAUACCGAAGGCUCCGAGGGCCUCUCCAGGACCAGGACUGUGCCUACUCGCAAGGGAGGCGGGGGCAAGGGCCGGCACCGGAGACACCGGGCCUGGAUGCACCAGAACGGCCUGGGACUUGGGGACCAGGCUGGGGCACGACCACCCGGCGAAGGCAGCAGCACCAGUGUUUCCCCCAGAUCUCCGCCUGGGGCAGAGGCUCCCCCCGAGGCAGCAGCUGGAGAAGUGCAGGAGCCUGCAGUGGCUGAGGCACUCGUGGAACCCUCUGAAUCAUGUGCCGUGGUACUUGGGGAGGCUGGGGGAGGAACAGGCCAGGGGGCGGAAGGAACGCCUGGGACCCCGCGGAGAACUGGCAAAGGCAACAGGAGAAAGAAGCGAGCUGCAGGCAGAGGGGCUCAUGGCCGAGGUGGGGACAGUACACCGCUAAGCCCGGGAGACAAGGAAGACAACAGCCCGGGGGAAGCAUGCACGACAAACCAGCGGGAGCCCCCAGAACAGGGGCCGGGCAAGGACGAUCACAAAGGCUCUGGCAGGUCUGAAUCAGAGUCGAAAGAGGAGCUCCAACCUGCAGAUGACAAAGAGCCCCAGCCACCAGAAGUCCAUAGGACUGAGGAAGAGGAAACCAGAGAGAAGGAGCAGGAGGGGUCAGGCUUGGUGUGCUUGGCAGGUAAGGGGGCCAUGGGCAAGUGGGGGGCAAUGAGGCCUAUACCUAAUGGCCCUGAGGAACUCCUGUCAGGUCCUGAACCACUGCCCUUGGAGCCCGUGCAGGAAGCAGAAGGGAACAGCAUUCCAGAAGAGGCACCCCAGACCGCCACCUCUGAUGACCCUGACAUAGCUUGGAACUUGAUGGCAUCUGGCUUCCUCAUGCUGACGGGAGGGGUGGACCAGAGUGGGCGAGCCCUGCUGACCAUUACCCCACCGUGCCCUCCUGAGGAGCCCCCACCCUCCCAAGACACACUGGGCACUGCUCUCCGUUACCUGCACUCACUGCUCAGGCCCGAUCUGCAGAGACUGGGGUUGUGUGUCCUGCUGGACCUUCGCAGGGCACCCCUGCUGCCUCCAGCACUUGCUCCUGUCCUGAGUCAGCUUCAGGACACAGGAGACCCUCCCCUCAUUCAGCAGCUGCUGAUUCUCAUACAUGAUGAUGCUCCCGUUGAACUUGGUGGAUUUCAGGGUGCUGAGUUGCUGUCAGAGAGUGAGCUGAAAAGAGUGGCCAGGCCAGAAGAGCUCCAGUGGGAGUUAGGAGGUCACAGGGACACCUCUCCCAGCCACUGGGCAGAGAUACAUCAGGAAGUGGCAAGACUGUGCCACCUGUGCAAGGGUGUGCUCGCCUCCAUUCGGCAGGCCAUUGAGGAGCUAGAAGAAGCCAAGGAGCCAGAGGGAGAGGAGGCAGUGGGGAUGCCCAAGCCCCUGCAGAAGGUGCUGGCAGAUCCACGGCUGGCAAUACUGCAGAGGGACGGUGGAGCCAUCCUGAUGAGGCUGCGCUCUACCCACAGCUGCAAGCUGGAGGGUCCUGGCCCAGCCACACUGUAUCAGGAAGUGGAUGAGGCCAUUCACCAGCUUGUACGCCUCUCCAACCUGCAUGUGCAGCAGCAGGAGCAGCGGCAACGUGUGCACCGACUGCGGGAGGUGAUGCAGUGGCUCUCGGGCCCUGGGGAGGAGCAGCUGGCCAGCUUUGCCAUGCCUGGGGACUCCCUGAAUGCUUUGCAGGAGACGGAGCUGCGAUUCCGGGCUUUCAGCUCUGAGGCCCAGGAGCGCCUGGCCCAGGCACGGGAGGCUGCGGAGGAAGACGCUGCUUCCCAGAAGGUCCUGGAUGUCUUUGAGCAGCGGCUGGAGCAGGUUGAGAGCGGGCUCCAUCGGGCCCUGCGGCUCCAGCGCUUCUUCCAGCAGGCACACGAGUGGGUGGAUGAGGGCUCUGCAAGAUUGGCAGGAGCAGGGCCAGGUCGAGAGGCUGUGCUGGCAGCCCUGGCCUUGCGGCGGGCCCCAGAGCCCAGCGCUGGCACAUUCCAAGAGAUGCGAGCCCUGGCCCUGGACCUGGGCAGCCCAGCAGCCCUGCGAGAGUGGGGCCGCUGCCGAGCUCGCUGCCAGGAGUUAGAGAGGAAGAUUCAGCAACAGCUGGGAGAGGAGGCGAGUCCACGAGGCCACCGGCGCCGGCGGGCAGACAGUGUCAGCAGUGGAGGGGGCCAGCGGGGACCACACAGCCCCUCGCCCAGCCUCAGCUCCCUGUUGCUGCUCCCCGGUAGCCCGGGACCACGGGCAGCCCCAUCUCAUUGCUCCCUGGCCCCGUGUGGGGAGGACUCUACUGAGGAGUGCCCAGAGUUGGGCCUGGACACAGAGGGCAGGCCCCCAAGGGCUGUGCUAAUCCGAGGCCUAGAGGUGACCAGCACUGAGGUGGUAGACAGGACGUGUUCUCCGCGGGAACAUGUGCUGCUGGGCCGCGCCGGGGUCCCUGAUGGGCCCUGGGGAGGAGGCACCCCUCGAAUGGAGCGCAAGAGAAGCAUCAGCGCCCAGCAGCGUCUGGUGUCUGAACUGAUCGCCUGUGAGCAGGAGUACGUGGCCCUAUUGAGUGAGCCAGUGCCGCCGCCGGGACCCGAGUUGAGCCCCGAACUGCGGGCCACCUGGGCGACAGCGCUGAGUGUGCGGGAGAGGCUUCGCAGCUUCCACCGGACGCACUUCAUGCGGGAGCUGCAGGGCUGUGCCGCCCACCCGCUGCGCAUUGGCGCUUGCUUCCUUCGCCACGGGGACCAGUUUAGCCUGUAUGCCCAGUACGUGAAGCAGCGGCACAAACUGGAGCAGGGCCUGGUGGCACUCAGCCCCCCAACCAAGGGCUCCACAGAGGGUGGCCCUUGCCUGCCACGAGCCCUGCAGCAGCCCCUGGAGCAACUGGCUCAGUACACGCGGCUCCUGGAGGAGCUGCUGAGGGAGGCUGGGGCAGAGCCAAGCUCAGAGCGCCAGGCCCUGGGGGCUGCCAUGCAGCUGCUCCGGGAACAAGAGGUGCGCGGCCGGGACCUCCUGGCCGUGGAGGCCGUGCGAGGCUGUGAGGUAGAUCUGAAGGAGCAGGGCCAGCUCUUGCAUCGGGACCCCUUCACCGUCAUCUGCGGCCGGAAGAAGAGCCUGCGCCACGUCUUCCUCUUUGAGCACCUCCUCCUGUUCAGCAAACUCAAGGGCCUGGAGGGUGGCUCCGAGACCUUCGUCUACAAACAAGCUUUUAAGACCGCAGACAUGGGGCUCACCGAAAACAUCGGGGACAGCGGCCUCUGCUUUGAGCUGUGGUUCCGCCGGCGGCGUGCACGAGAGGCAUACACCCUGCAGGCCACCUCACCGGAGGUCAAGCUCAAGUGGACCAGCUCUAUUGCCCAGUUGCUGUGGAGACAGGCGGCCCACAACAAGGAGCUCCGUGUGCAGCAGAUGGUCUCCAUGGGCAUUGGGAACAAACCCUUCCUGGACAUCAAAGCCCUGGGGGAGCGGACACUGAGUGCCCUGCUCACCGGAAGAGCCGCCCGCACCCGGGCCUCGGUGGCCGUGUCAUCCUUUGAGCAUGCCGGCCCCUCCCUUCCCGGCCUCUCACCGGGAGCCUGCUCCCUGCCCGCCCGCGUCGAGGAGGAGGCCUGGGAUCUGGACGUCAAGCACAUUUCCCUGGCCCCAGAAACACUUGACUCUUCUGGAGAUGUAUCCCCAGGACCAAGACACAGCCCCAGCCUGCAGCCGCCCCACCCUGGGAGCGACACUCCCACCCUGGCCAGUGGCGGAAUCUCAGGGCUGUCCCGGCAGUGUCACACCCGAGCCCUGAGUGACCCCACCACGCCUCUGUGA